AUGAGCAGCGUAGAGAUUGCCAAGGAACUAAACAUUACUCAUACAAGCGUUUUGGACCAUUUGCGUAAGGCAGGAUACACCAAGAAGCUCGAUGUUUGGGUACCUCAUGAGCUGACGCAAAAAAAUCUGCUGGAUCGAAUUUCCAUCUGCGAGUCGCUGCUGAAUCGCAACAAAGUCGACUCAUUUCUCAAGCGUAUGGCUGGCGACGCACCCCAGACCGUCGCCAAGCCUGGAUUGACGGCCAGGAAGGGUUUGCUGUGUGUUUGGUGGGACUGGAGGGGAAUCCUUUAUUAUGAGCUGCUCCAGCCUGGCCAAACACUCAAUUCGGACGUGUACUGUCAGCAAUUAGACCGUUUGAAGCAGGCAAUCGUCCAGAAACAGCCAGAAUUGGCCAAUAGGAAGGGCGUUGUCUUCCAUCAAGACAACGCCAGGCCGCAUACAUCAUUGGUGACGAGCCAGAAGCUCCGGGAGCUUGGUUGGGAGGUUCUUAUGCAUCCCCCUUAUAGUCCGGACACAGCACCAAGCGAUUAUUAUCUGUUCAGGUGGUUGCAAAAUUCCCGUAUGGGUGUAAAACUAGCUUUAAGAGAGGCCUGUGAAAACCAUCUGUUCCAGUUUUUUGCCAAUAGGGACAAGGACUUCUAG